CAAACAGAGCUCUGGCCAGUUGCAAUCUGGGGAUUUCGCGUGGAGGCUGAAGAGCACCUCUACUGCUUGCACCCCAGUGGUGAUGCCUGCUGUAACAACCUCACACCAAUUCUGCAUGGAAGGAGAGCAGAAGCUGACAACCCUCCGAGUACUGCACUCAGAAAGCAAGAGACAGAAUGGGAGGAUGAAGGACAGGAGCAAGCCGAAGAGGUGGUGAACUUCGAGGAUGUGGCUGUGAGCUUCACCGGGGAGGAGUGGGCUUUGCUGGAUCCAAUCCAGAAGAAGCUCUACAGAGAUGUGAUGCUGGAAACCUUUAGGAACCUGGCUGCCGUAGGAAGGGACUCAGAUGACCAGCAUGCUGAAGAUGAGUACAGAAACUGCAGGAAACAUCUAAGAAGUGAAGAGGUAGAGCAGUCCUGGCAGUAUCAACUCUGGUAUCAACAAGGUGAAAUGGUUUCUCCGACACCUGACACAAAUGUGCAAAUGAAAGUCGUUGGUAUAAAACCACGUGAAAGCGUUUCCAUCAUUACACCAAAUGAUGUGCAAAGUGGAGCAAGCAGUCGCAGUGAAGUAAAUAUGUACAUACGUGUAUCAUCGGGAAAGGAAACUCAGGCACAUAAAAAGCCCUACUUUAGAGAUUAUACCUAUGGACUUGAACAAUGUAGAAAAUCCUUCACUAACAAUUCAUUGGCUAAUGAUAACAGAAGUCACUUGGCAGAAAAACUGUAUGUAUGUAACCAGUGUGGGAAAACGUUCAGCAGAAGAGAUAGUUUGCAAAAGCAUGAAUGGAUUCACACUGCAGACAAACCCUAUGUAUGUAAGCAUUGUGGGAAAGCGUUCAGGAAACGUUUUACUUGCAGAAUUCAUGAGAGAAUUCACACUGGAGAGAAACCUUAUAUAUGUAACCAAUGUGGGAAAGCUUUCAACACCCAAUAUAGAUGUGGAAUACAUGAAAGAACUCACACUGGGGAGAAACCCUAUGUAUGUAACCAGUGUGGUAAAGCAUUCAUCAGAAAAUGUAGCUUGCAAAUGCAUGAAUGGAUUCACACUGGAGAAAAACCUUAUGUGUGUAACCAAUGCGGGCAAACUUUCACCACCCAAUAUAGUUGUCGAAUACAUGAAAGAACUCACACUGGGGAGAAACCCUAUGUAUGUAACCAGUGUGGUAAAGCAUUCAGCAGAAAACGUAGCUUGCAAAUGCAUGAAUGGAUUCACACUGGAGAAAAACCUUAUGUGUGUAACCAAUGCGGGAAAACUUUCACCACCCAAUAUAGUUGUCGAAUACAUGAAAGAACUCACACUGGGAAGAAACCCUAUGUGUGUAAGCAGUGUGGGAAACCUUUCAGCACUAGUAGUAGUUGUCGAGUUCAUGAAAGAAUUCACACUGGAGAAAAACCUUAUGUGUGUAACGAUUGUGGGAAAGCGUUCAGCACACAAAAUAUUUGUAAAGUACAUAAAAGAAUUCACACUGCAGAGAAACCCUAUGUAUGUAAGCAGUGUGGCAAACCUUUCAGCACACGUGGUACAUGUCAAAUUCAUGAAGCAACACAUACUGGGGAAAAACCCUAUGUCUGUAAUCAGUGUGGGAAGUCUUUCAGCAUGAAAUAUAGCUGGCAAAUGCAUGAACGGACUCACACUGGGGAGAAACCAUAUAUAUGCAAGCAGUGUGGGAAAGCUUUCACCACAAACACAUAUUGUAAAAGACAUGAAAUGACUCAUACUGGGGAGAAACCGUAUAUAUGCAAGCAGUGUGGGAAAGCUUUUACCACAAACACAGAAUGUAAAAGACAUGAAAUGACUCAUACUGGGGAGAAACCGUAUAUAUGCAAGCAGUGUGGGAAAGCUUUCAUCACAAACACAGAAUGUAAAAGACAUGAAAGGAUUCACACUGGAGAGAAACCCCAUGUAUGUAAGCAAUGUGGAAAAGCUUUUGCCACAUACAGUGGUAUUAGAGUACAUAAAAGGACUCACUACAGAGAGACUGUAUGUAUGUAAGCAAUGUGGGAGAGCUUUGAAGACUAAAAAGUGUUGUCGAGUUCAUGAAAGUAUUCACACUAAUGAGAAACACUAUGUAUGUAAGCAUUGUGGGAAAGCUUUCAGCAGAAAAUAUAGAUGGCAACAUCAUGAAAGGAGUCACACUGCAGGGAAACUACAUAUGUGAACACUGUGAGAAAGCAUUCAGGACAAAAGAUGAUAGGCGAAAACAUGAAAGGACUCACUGUAGAGAAAGCCUGUGUGUGUAAGUGAUGUGGAAAAUCUUUCAGCACAAGUGCUUAUUGGAGGAAAAAAACAUGAAAAAACUCACACUGUGUAUGAACUAUGUUUGCCAGCAAUAUGCUAAAGCUUUUAAUUCAAGUUAUUGUCAAAUCAUGAAAAGACACUGCAGAGAAAACCUGUGUAUGUAAGCCGUAUGGUAAAGCUUUCAGCACACAUGGUUAUUGUGAAACAUCAAAGAACUAACACUGAGGAGAAAUCCUAUGUAUAUAAGCAAUAUAGGAGAACUUUCACCGCAAACAAAGAUUGCAAAAUUUGUGAAGGUGCCCACAGUUUGUAAAAAUCCUAUGUACAUUAGCAGUGUGUAUUAGCCAUAUUUGAAUACAUGAAAGUACUCCCACUUAGAGAAACACUAAGUAAUGUGGGAAAGGCUUUGGACAAAAACUUAUUCUAAAUUAAUUAAUGGACUCACAAUGGGGAGAAACCCUAAGUAUGUAAGCAAUGUGGGAAAACAGAAAAAUACAUUACUGCCCAGUACAUGAAAAGCCUCACUGCAGAGAAGUCCUAUGUAUGUGAGCUAUAUAGGAAACCUUCCAGUGGGCCGGGGGUUUAGCUCAGCAGUGUAAGUGCCUGCUUGGCAAAUGCAAGGUCGAGUUUGAUCCCUAGCACACACAUACCCAAAAAUACUACUUGAGUUGGGGAUUUAGCUCAGCUGCAUAAGUGCCUGCCUUGCAAGCCCACGGUUGUGAAUUUGAUCCCUGGUACCAAUAAAAAAAAGAAAAAACAGAAAGUCUUCCAGCACAUACAGUCAUUGUCAUGUACAUAGGACAACUCACACUGGGGAAAAACCCAAUGUAAUUAAACUGUGGGAAAUUUUUCAGUAAAUCAUACCAUUUUAAAAUACAUAAAAACUCAUACUGUGGAGAAACCCAGCAUAUGCAGGCAAUGUGGAAAGCCUUUCGGCAUGCAGUGUUUGACCAAGAUACAAAUGGACUCACGUGCUUCAAAUGCUAUGUAUGUAAACAAUGUGAGAAUGCAGUCAGUACAGAGUGAUAUUGUGAAAUACAUAAAAAAUCUCACUUAGGAGAAAGACUAAACAAGCAAAAGCCUCUUUAGUAACAUCAUCAGUAUUCAAAAGGGAGACUAAAAUCUGAACUUAUAAAGGGACUUAUACUGACAUGAAUCACAUGGAGUAGAUCUUUUCUUGAAACAAUAAAGCAUGUUUUAGUCCAACUGGUAUCAAUAAAUAGAUGAAAGAAUUUACAGUGGAGAGACUCACAACAUGGAUGAGCUAUGUAGGAAUAUAUUUUCCUCACCUGAAAUAUAUGAAAGAAUUCUAAUGAAAAGAAAUUAUCCAUAUUCUUCCAAUUGACUUGAAAAACAUGAAAAUACUUCCACUAAAAAGAAAUCUGGGUAGGUAAUGUGAGAAUUCAUUGAUACGAUAACAUCACAAAACCUACAGAUUCAGGAGAGUUAGUAAAAAGUAGAAUAUGAGAAAUCAUUUUUGCAUUUUUUAUUAAAUCUCGCACAGCACAGUAGAGUUCAUAAGAAUGUCCAUCAUGUGGGAACACCUGUAGUCAUUUUGGCUUAAUUCAUGUGGCAUGUUAGCACAGGACUGUGGCAGAACAUUAAUAUAACUGAUGUACAGAAGUUCUCAGUUGCACUGCAUCUAAGAGUGAAUAUUGUAUCUAUCGGUGUUUGUAUGAAACUCUCAGCUAUAAUUUUCCUAAUUCUUUGAUCAAUUUUAUAUAGUUUAAACCUAAAGAUGAGUUAUGUUAGAAUAAGAUAUUAUUUCUCCAGAAAAUGCACUUGUGGAAGAGAUGUCUUAGAGUAUAAAUACUGUAAAUUCAGUGUUAAUGUAGAUUUCUGGAUUAAAUAAUUUGAAGUUUACUUUUAAAAACAUGCUGCAUUUAAAUCUGUGCCUCCUUGUAGGCAGCGACACGGCAGAUUAGUAUUGUUUUCUUAAAGUAGAUGAUAAUUGUCUUUUAUUUGUUAGAGCUGCAGGUUAGGUAUCUUGUAUUUCAAUACACACCAUUAGGUUCAUUAUUUUGGGUUUUCUUGUUUGUUUGUUCCUUUGUUUUCUCUUUAAGUAACUGUGCUGUAACAUGACUCUAAAACUGAAUUUCCUUUAAGUGUUGUUAUUUUUCCACUAGUUUGUAUUUAAACUUUUGCUGCAUACUGUGUACUAUUCUAGUAAGAAUUUUAUAAAUGGAUGUCAUAAUUUAUAAUUUUAAUCCUAGUAACUUCUAUACAUGUGUUUGAGCAUGCAUUUGUUUCAAAUAAUAUGUAAAUUAACAAAUACAUUUUAAUAGUGUAAAAAACAGCUAUAUAUUGCAACAUGAUUACAGAUCACAGGAAGCACAUAAAUUUGUCCACCUUUGCUCUACAUCAGAAACAUUAAUAUCAUGUGUCUAUAAUAUCAGUUUUUUUAAUCAUUAGAUUUUACUUUUUAGGCUCAUAUUACAUGAUUUAUUUUGGAAUUCAUUAUUCAAAAUAUAUCUCUAUUUUUAUGAGUCACCCACUGCCAGAGACCAGCAGGACUAUAUAUUUUCUCAAUGAAGAUACAAUACAUUAUAAUAAGUAACUUCUCCACAUUCCUUAAUGAUGAUUUUGAAUUGUCUGCAAGAACAUCCUCAGCAAUUUUCAUCCUAUUGAUUUUUGACACUAUUGGGUGCUUUCUUUUAUUCACAAUUAGUCAGUUCUUAGCUCUAUUUUUUCUAUGCUGAAAAUAUCUUUUACACUUUGGAAAUACAUUUUUUAACCUGGAAAACUCAAAUCAGUCAUUAAAAUAGAAAUUGAGUAAUUGGUGUGAUUCAUUUGUGUUCUAUUUUCUCAAAUUUAGACAUAGAUUUAUGGUAGUGUUUUCAUUGGUAAGUACCACUGUCAGGUGAUUAAAGAAAAUGAUGUCACUUACACAGCAUAAGAUUUGUUCAUGCUGUCAGGGUGAGACCAUCUGGCAUCCUUGACUUAUUUUGCCUCCUUAUCUCCAAAUACUGCAGUGCUUUGUAAAAUAUCCUGCACUGUUUUCCCUUUCAAUUCAGUAGAAGCUCCAUUUACCAUGAGGUCAGAUUUCAGUAAUGCCAGGUCAGAGCAUAAAUGACAAAUACAUUGAGUAGUCUUAGUACUCUGCACAUUGGUACCUCACCGUAGCCUAAGUUAAUUAUACUCAGACAAGCCACAUUUUAUUUACUCUUUUUUCUUUUUUGAGAUGGAGUCCCUGUAUGCAGUUCAGGCUGGCCUUGAGCUCAGUUUGGAGCCCAGGCUGGUCUCAGACUCCCAAAGAUCCUCCUGCCUCAGCCUCCAGAGUGCUCGGAUUACAGGCGUGAGCCACCAUGCCCGGCUUUUUUGUCAUUUUGAGAGACAGGAUGCUUGCUUACAUUUCACAGCUCAGUUCUGACAAUGGACAUUUCCACUCUGGUGCUUGUGGCAACCAGGCUGUUUAGAUUAAUAAUUUCAUAAUGCAGGAGACGAGGUGGUGGUAAAACAUGAUCAGAAGGCAUAAAGUACAAGCAGUUGGUAUCAGAUGACUUACUCAUAUAAAAGUUUUUAAAUGGCACAAAUAAAGCGUCCACCUAAACUUAACCAGUCUCGAUACUCCAACUUUUUCAUUUACAUGAAGCCUAAGUGAGAUUCGGGAUGGCUUUAGAAACAGUAAUUUACUUUCUCACCCAAGUCUUCUCUAGCCUUCAAAUAAAAGGGAGAAUUUACAUCCACUUACAAGUGAAGUGCUCAUCACUCAGUCUUGGACUUAGUGACAUCUCAGCAUGUCAAGAGUCUGGCUUAAAUGAGCAGAAAUAAAGUGGCAACUCUAAACUCUGUUCCUGUGCGAGUAAGCAAACUUUCACUGGUUGGUAAAAUGUGGCCCACAGCAGAGGAUGAAAUUAACUAGGUAAACAGUAAAAGUUAUCUUAGAUACAAAGGGAAACACCUGAGACAGAUCUCAGCAGUUACGAGCUUCUCCCACCUGUCCGAGGCCAACUUCCUUUCUGUCUCAUUACUGUGACAUCCCAUCAAUGUCCCCUUACAUAUGUGCACUGAUUUGUCUUGUGGCACAGCCAAAUAUACAGUACAGCAUUGAGAUAACUGAGUUCACUGCAUUGUGAUAAGCACUGUGCUUAUCUUUGGAGGAGCUUGGGGCCUCCAUGUCCCUGAGGAUGGCUGUGGUGCUUUUCAGGACAGCCCUGGUCUUUGUUGUGUGACUUCUCUGCUCCAGUGUAGAGCCCUCAUCCACCAGCACAGCUCCUUCACCCCACUGGCAUAGACUUUCUAGCUUCCACUACUGAUCUUUGGGCCUUCCCGGUGCGUAUCCAUAACACAAACUGGUAUGAGUCCUACUUGUGGGCUCUGGACCUCCAGAUGGACUCGUGGGAGACAUUGUCAUAAGCUCUGAGUCUUCAUCUGGACUCAUGUGGGACAUUGCUGUGGGAUUCAGGCCCUCGGCUAAAUAUUCUAUGUCUUCAGUGUUGUGGAUCAAUUUCCUGCAGUUUCUUAUGUUAACUCUGGGUGACCAUUAUAAAAUAAUAUUAUAAACUCCA